AUGGCCAACGAGAACUUGAAGAUGAAGCAUUGGCGAGGGGUCAAACUUAGAAUCAACAUCCCGCAACAAGUGGAACCAGCUAGGGCGCAGCCGCUAGCCAUGGCAAUCAAAUGGGACCCCCCGGACCACCCUUGGAUUAAACUAAACACGGAUGGCUCCUUCAAUGAAGUGACCAACAAAGCAGGGGGGGGAAUCAUUCGGGACAGCUCGGGCAACAUGCUGGUGGCGUUUAGCAAGCCCCUUGAAGCACACUCGGCUCUGGAGGCUGAGCUGACGGCCAUGAUCCAUGGGCUGCGCUUAGCCAUGGAUCUUGACUUACCAAUCUGGAUCAAAUCAGAUGCCGAGCAAGCCAUUAAUCUGGUCAAUGGAGCAGGGUGGGGGCCAGCUCUAGCUCGGCAAGCAGUGGCGCAAUUGAUCCUGCUCAAGCGCCAACUUAAAUUCCGAGUCACCUUCAUACACCGGGAGGGGAACAAGGCGGCGGAUUUCCUUGCGAGAAUAGGCCUAAGGCUUGAUAGCGGUCGACAAUUAGAUCAUAAUUCUGCACCAAGAGACCUCAUGGACUUCGUCCGAUUGGACCGAAUGGGUGUUCCAAACAUUCGAACCCUAGAUGGGGACGGAUACUAG